AUGUCGCUUCGAACUUGUAGCCAGCGCAUGGGCGCUGCUCUACGGUCUCCGGCACUCCCGAGUAGCAGGCACACUCGACGAUGGUAUGCGGCAGCGGCCACUGCGGGCUCGAGUCUGCCGGCCGACAAGAAGCAUUCCAUCGAGGUACACACUCGUCCUCCUCAAUGCCUCGCAUAAGUCGCCAUUGGCUGACAUACCUCCCAGCGAGAAGCUGCGCUCCGAACACCCGACCCUCCCGCCGACUCGCAAACCGCUCGCUUGGUCGAUUCUUACAUGCCGUAUAUGGUCCCCACCUACGUCCGGCCUCCGCCCGUUUUCCAGAAGGGAGAGGGAUGUUACCUAUGGGAUGUAGAGAAUAGGCAAUACUUGGACUUCACCGCCGGAAUAGCAGUGAACUCUCUGGGCCAUUGCGACCCCGAGAUGAGCAAGAUUCUCUACCAACAAUCACAGACGCUCGUGCACGCCUCCAAUCUCUACUACAACCCCUGGACAGGAGCUCUUAGCCAGUUGCUAGUGGAAAAGACACGGGAGGCAGGAGGCUUCCAAGCCGCACGAGCAUUCAUCUGCAACUCUGGCAGUGAGGCUAAUGAGGCCGCCAUCAAAUUCGCUCGCAAAUACGGUAAAAGCGUACAGCCGGACGGUAGCAAGACUGAACUUGUCAGCUUCCAGAACUCGUUCCAUGGACGAACAAUGGGCGCUCUAUCGGCAACGCCUAACCCCAAGUAUCAGAAACCCUUCGCGCCCAUGAUUCCCGGCUUCCAAUACGCUACCUACAACGAUAUCGAUAGUAUCAACACGCUGGUGACAGAGAAGACAUGCGGAGUCAUUGUUGAGCCUAUUCAGGGUGAGGGAGGAGUCAAUGUGGCUACUCAAGAGUUCCUACUGGCUCUGCGGAAGCGUUGCACGGAAGUAGGUGCGGUGCUGAUCCACGACGAGAUCCAAUGCGGUCUUGGCCGUACAGGCAAAUUGUGGGCUCAUGCGGAGCUGCCGCCUGAGGCACAUCCAGAUGUCGUGACCACGGCGAAGGCUCUUGGAAACGGCUUCCCCAUUGGCGCCACCCUGGUUACCGAGGACGUGUCAAGCAAGAUCGUCACUGGAGAUCACGGCACCACCUUCGGUGGCAACCCGCUCGGCUGCAGAUUGGCACAUUAUAUUGUGUCUCGUCUUUCCGACCCGGAGCUGCAGAAGAAUGUCCUCAAGAAGGAGGCUCGCUUUAGAAAACACUUCGUUCGCAUUCACGAAGCUUUCCCGGACAUCGUUCAGGAAGUGAGAGGCCGUGGCUUGAUUCUCGGACUGCAACUGAAUCGCGAUCCUACACCUGUCAUCACCGCCGCCCGAGAGCGAGGUCUUCUGGUCAUCACAUGCGGCACCAACACCCUGCGAUUCGUUCCUCCACUCAUCGUCUCGGAUGCUGAGAUUGAUCAAGGCAUGGGCAUUCUGGAAGAGGCCAUGAACGCCGUCUUCCGAGAACCCGGUCAUGUUGAAGGAACCGACGGACAGCAAGAGAUGAGAGCUACGCGUUGA